AUGUACAAGUACAGCAACCAACCAAACGUGUAUGACCGUGGUUGUGUGCGCAACUGUCAUGAGGUUUUGUGCACAAAAAGGAAGCCUUCUAAGAUCAACUUAAGAGCUAUUGUUCAAGAAGAACAAGAGGUAGCACAGCCACAGAACAGCCCUUCCAAUGUACCAGAAGAUGAGGCACACCACCGUCCCCGAGCCAAGGUUGAGGAUGAUCUAGAAAUGGGUCUUGACAUCCUCAAGACCACAGGGCGCAGGACAGAAGAACUCAGCGAUGAAGAAUUGGAGUCUGGAAGCACUGGUAUUAAAUAUCGCACACCAGAUUCAGAGACUGAGAUUCCUGUUACCAGAACUAAGACAGAGAUCUUUAGCGGACUUGUCGGUUAG